AUGCAUACUCCAAACAACAAACUUCGUUCACAAGUAGCUGAUGUCUUAGCAGCGUUAUGCGUUCUUUCACUUGAAGGGCAUAGAUUGGUUUUAAACGCCUUUUCAGACUUUCGUCAGGUUCAUGAAGAAAAAUUUAGGUUUCAAUAUUUGAUGGACACCUUGAAAUUCAGUGAAAACGAGGACAGUGUUUCAAUGGAGUACAGGUCUGCAUGUUUGAGUCUGGUGAACGCCAUAGUGACAUCACCGGAAGAUGUCGAGGAGCGCAUGAUGCUUCGCAAGGAGUUUGAAAGGCGAGGUUUAACAGAACUUUUCUUGUCCGUUAAAAAUUCAGAUCCUCCAGAAUCAUUAUUGACUCAGGUCAAUGUGUAUGAAGACGAAAAUCAAGAAGAUUUAGAAGAGUUAUAUGACAAAGUGCACGAUUUUGUACGAGACGCAAAUGAUCCGUUUUCUAUUCUUGUUGGCCUCGUGCGGCAAGUUGAGCAUGAUGAGGAACUAUAUAUUCGAGUGGUUGAAACCCUUAAAAACUUGUUAAGAAUUAUCUGCAAGGAUAUGGGAGAGACUUCACCAAAUGAGAUCUGGACUAUAGUCGAGUUGUUCAUAGAAAGGAUAAGGUCUUUGACGAACAUUGAAGAUGAAUGGCGAAUUUCCAUGAAUGAAUUUUUAUCUUCCGUUCAAUAUAUUGUCGGAAAAUAUUCCAUCGUCAGUGGUUAUGUCACAGACGAUAUGAUUGAUUCAAUGAAGGAGAAAUUGGCGAAGGUCGAAGAUAGGAAUUCCAAUAAAGAUGAAGAUGUGGCUCCUGAAGCUGAUUCGAAUCUGAAUGUAAUUAACUCCUCGAUAGAAAAUUCAUUAAAUGAUCAACCUCUGGAUGCACAAUUAUCAAGUCGAAGUAAAAAUACUAUUCCGCCUCCAACAUUC